AACUCGUAAUCUUUGCUCUUUGACCCAAGCGUGUUAGACGUGGAGCUGUAACCUGGAGAAUUUUGUGUGCAUAUUUGAUCGAGAUCUGUUACGGCAUCAUCUCAUUAUUAAGAAAGAGCUUUGUUAAAAAAUAAAUUACGUCGAUGUUGUUUUCUAUUGGCACGCCUGGGAGCGGAUAAGCUUCUUGUAAAUCAGCACGCGGAACUCAGGCUUCAUGUGUCAGUCUGUGGCGAUAACAUGGGAUUGAAUGGGCGUCGUUCUCGGGGCGCAGUUACUUGUGCACCUUUAUAAAAUAUUUUGAAGUUACCAGCCAGAUUAACAUCAGGCCCCCUUCUGAAAGUGUCACUCGCGGAAUUGCGAUUGCUUAGGUUUCAGCGUACACUUGUGUAGUUGUCUUAACAGCUUGCAAUGGCUCCGAUGGGUAUUCGACUGUCUCCCCUCGGAGUGGCCGUAUUUUGCCUGCUGGGGCUCGGUGUAAUAUACCAUCUUUACUCGGGCGUAAUAGCCAGCAGACUGGCAGCUCUAAGACAGGGGAAGACCGUGGACCUGCGGGAACUGCUGGCGCUAUCGGUGGAAGCUGCGGUGCUGGGCGGUCGCGAAGUGAAGAGAAUACGAGAGGAGAAUGCGCUGGAAGAGAAGACGAAGGGGAAAACGAAGGAGGGGGCGAAAGAAAUGCUUACAAUCGGAGACUUGCGUUCACAUAUCAAAAUGUACCAUCUCAUCAAAAAUACGUUUCCCUAUAUUAAGGUGAACUCAGAGGAACACGACCAUACUUUGGCCGCUGAACAUAAUGUUUGGAAUCAUGUCAUUCCUAAUGAAAUUCUCGAAAAAAUUAAAGAGCCAAAGGAGGUGAUGGCAGAUAGCAUAACUGUGUGGAUUGAUCCUCUGGAUGCUACUCAGGAGUACAUAGAAGACCUUCGUGAAUAUGUUACCACUAUGGUAUGUGUCGCUGUAGAUGGUGUACCAAUCAUUGGAGUAAUUCACAAACCUUUCUCUUCAUUUACUGCUUGGGCAAUGGUGUCCGGAGGUUCCAAUGUAAAACCUCGUAAAUCUUACAAUGAAAAGUCUCCGGAGAUUAUUGUUUCUCGUUCUCAUGGAAAGGUGACAUCUUUUGCACAGAAAGCCUUUGGAAAUAACACCAAAAUUCACCCUGCAGCAGGGGCAGGCUACAAAGUUCUUUCUCUUCUGGAUAUCCCUGAUGAGAGCCAUGAAAAAGCAGAUGUAUAUAUUCAUGUGACCUAUAUUAAAAAGUGGGACAUCUGUGCUGGCAAUGCACUGCUAAAAGCCCUAGGUGGUCAUAUGACCACCUUAAAAGGCGAAGAAAUUGACUAUUCUGGGUCUGAACGAAAUGAUGCAGGUCUUCUGGCGAGUAUAAACAUUAAUCACAAACUGCUUGUAGAAAAACUGCCAGAUCUGCAGGAGUCUACGUAAAUAUAGACCCAUUUUUUUUCUUUCUUUCUUUUAAACCAAGCCUUGGGAUUUUUUGAGUUUUGGGGAGAAGACUAAUAGAAGGAUUUGUUUUUUCAUCAUUGCAUUAGUUAAGAUGUGUUAUAGUUGGAGUUUUCUUGCCAUAUACUACAUUUUUGGAAAGAUUUAGUUGCCAAAACAGAAUUUUUAUUUUAUGUUUCAAGUAAAUUAUUGUAAAGGGUGUCUCUAGAUUGGAUUGACAUGGUGCAAUUUUGGCCACAGCAUUUAAUUGUGCAAACAGCAUUAACUGUAGCAAUUUCAUAAAAGAUGAGAAAGUUUAGAAUUGGAUAUGUUAAGAAAAAAAGUGAUCCUAGCAUUAAAGUAAAUAGUAAAAGUUAAAAUUAGCUUACUGAAUAUUAGAUGAAUAUGUGACUUGCCAAUAUGGCUUUCUAAUGAGAAUGCCUGCUGUGUACAUGUUUUGUUAAUUUAUUAUAGCAUUAUGCCAAUAUGAUUAAGUGCUUGCUAAUUAUGUUUUAGUAAAGUGACCAUUAUGUACUGUAAAAGUGAAUUGAAAGCAGAUAACACAAUUUAACAAUUUAUUUGUUCUUACAUUUGUAUAUAGAUUAAUCUAUAAGUUGUGUUUUGUUUUUGUGUAUAGGUGUUUUUGGAAACAUGAGUCUUACUAUUUUGGUAAUACUUUUGUGGGUUUACAUUGCACAGUUCAAAAGCAAGGUGGGAAAUAAUUACUUAAGAAAAUAUUAUAUAACUUUCCAUAAUUAUUUAUUUUUUAUUCGUUUGAAACCUAUAUUCACCUACAGGAAUAAUGUGAUGAAAUUAGUUGUAAUUAAUUGUACUUGUCAAAUAUUUAUAAUUUGUCUUUCACUGAAAUAAUAUUAUAUAUAUAUGAAAAAUAUCAUAUGAGAAAUAUUUCUGCAAUACUGAUGAUGUGCAUUCACUGUGAUCAUUAUAGUUAUUAUACAGUACAUACUAUGAUAUUUUUGUAUAAGUAGGCUUAGUGUUUAUUUUGGGUUUUAUGUAAACAGUAAGUUAACAGACAAGGAAGCUCAAAUGUAUUAGUCUUUUACAACAGUCCACCCUCACAACUUCUUUUCUCCUCACUCAUUUAACCACAUUACAUCUUGUGUGGUUUCUCUUUAUUAUACCCCACGAUUUAUAACGGACAGAUACCAUAUUUCAUCCUACCAUCUGAAUAACUGCUCAGAUUAUCUUUAAGUAUUCUUAGCUGUUUUACUGUCACACAUUUACUAUAUAAAUGUACAGUAUUAAUAAGUAUCUGUUACAUCUUCAUUAAAUGCUAAUUCCAGUUAAAACAUUGACAAUGCCUUGUAAUAAUUUGGGAUUAUGUGUGUGUGUAUAUACAAAACCAGUCUCUUUGCAAUACCUUUUCUAAUGAUAUUUAAAAAAUGCUGAAAUGAUUUGUUUAGUUCAGGUGAAGAUCAAUUGAGAAUAUUUGGGAAGCAGCACUCUUUAAAUCUUGAAAUCAUAGUAUUUUAUAAUUCCGUAGAACAUUUAUUAUUAAAUUGUAUGCUAUACAAUGUGGGGUCAACCUUGUUUUUUUUAACUCGUAAAACAUUUUUUUCUCUAAGUAUAUUUGUCUUCACUGGUUUGAACAUUUUUUUAUUUAUUGAAUUCAAAAUUGAAAAAAUCAUUUAACUGCAGUUUCAAUUAAACCUAAAAUAUUUACAGUGUCUUGUAAAAUGUCUCUUGAGUUAUGGUACAAGCAAUAUUCCUAUACCAUCUGUUACAUUUUAAAAUAAAUGGAAAAUAUUUUAAUAUUA